GACACCCGAGGAAGAGAGGGAGGAGAGAGAGCGCGUUUCAUCAUCGCUGCCACUUAUAAAAACUUCUGGGCGCUCACUCUCUCGCUCAGUCUCCACGUCUCACUCCCCAUAGCCCGGCUACCGCUGCUGAAGCCUGAAGCACCCAAGUCCCGCAGAACCUGACCCCGGCCUGUCGCCACCACCUUGGCCCGGUCAGGGGACGUCGCCUCAGUCACGAUGGGGCUCCUGCCCAAGCCCGGAGCACGCCAGGGCAGCGGCACCUCCUCGGUCCCAGCCAGACGUUGCUCCCGCUCGAUCUUCAGCAACAUUAAGGUCUUCGUGCUUUGUCAUGGCCUCCUACAGCUCUGCCAGCUGCUCUACAGCGCCUACUUCAAGAGCAGCCUCACCACUAUCGAGAAGCGCUUUGGGCUCUCCAGUUCUUCCUCCGGUCUCAUCUCCAGUUUGAAUGAGAUCAGCAACGCUAUCCUCAUCAUCUUCGUCAGCUACUUCGGCAGCCGGGUGAACCGCCCACGGAUGAUCGGCAUAGGGGGUCUCCUCCUGGCUGCAGGGGCCUUUGUCCUCACCCUCCCACACUUCCUGUCAGAACCCUAUCAGUAUGCGUCGACCAUUGCUGGAAACAGCAGCCACUUUCAGACCGACCUCUGUCAGAAACAUUUGCCAGACCUGCUCCCCAGUAAGUGCCACAGCACUGUGCCCGAUACCCAGAAGGAGACCAGCAGCAUGUGGAGCCUGAUGGUGGUCGCUCAGCUGCUGGCCGGCGUUGGGACGGUGCCCAUUCAGCCAUUUGGGAUCUCCUAUGUGGACGACUUUGCAGAGCCUACCAACUCGCCUCUGUAUAUCUCCAUCUUAUUUGCUAUCGCCGUGUUUGGUCCGGCUUUCGGGUACCUGCUGGGCUCAGUCAUGCUGAGGAUCUUCGUGGACUACGGCAGAGUGGACACGGCUACAGUGAACCUGAGCCCAGGUGACCCUCGGUGGAUCGGAGCCUGGUGGCUGGGCCUGCUCAUCUCCUCAGGCUUCUUGAUCGUCACCUCUUUGCCCUUUUUCUUCUUUCCCCGAGCAAUGUCCAGAGGAGCAGAGAGGUCUGUUAUCGCAGAGGAGACCAUGAAGAUGGAGGAAGACAAGUCAAGAGGCUCCCUGAUGGAUUUCAUUAAACGGUUCCCCCGCAUCUUCCUGAGGCUGCUGAUGAACCCACUCUUCAUGCUGGUGGUCCUGAGCCAGUGCACCUUCUCCUCAGUCAUUGCUGGCCUCUCCACGUUCCUCAACAAGUUCCUGGAGAAGCAAUACGGUGCCUCGGCAGCCUAUGCCAACUUACUCAUUGGUGCUGUGAACCUUCCAGCUGCGGCCUUGGGGAUGCUGUUUGGAGGAAUCCUCAUGAAGCGUUUUGUUUUCCCUCUGCAAACCAUCCCCCGAGUAGCUGCCACCAUCAUGACCAUCUCCAUAAUCCUAUGUGCCCCUCUCUUCUUUAUGGGAUGUUCCACACCCGCCGUGGCUGAGGUCUACCCUCCCAGCACACCAAGUUCUAUACAUCCGCAGCCUCCCGCCUGCCGCAGGGACUGCCUGUGCCCAGAUUCCGUCUUCCACCCCGUCUGCGGAGACAAUGGAGUGGAGUACCUCUCCCCCUGCCACGCUGGCUGCAGCAGCCUCAACAUGAGCUCAGCAGCUUCUAAGCAACCGAUCUAUUUGAACUGCAGCUGUGUGACUGGAGGAUCUGCAUCGGCCAAGACAGGCUCAUGUCCUACAUCCUGUGCACAGCUGCUGCUCCCGUCCAUCUUCCUCAUCUCCUUUGUGGCGCUCAUUGCCUGCGUCUCCCACAACCCCCUCUACAUGAUGGUCCUACGUGUGGUGAACCAGGAUGAAAAGUCGUUUGCCAUUGGAGUACAGUUCUUGUUGAUGCGUUUGCUGGCCUGGCUGCCAUCUCCAUCCCUUUAUGGCCUGCUCAUCGACUCCUCCUGUAUCCGGUGGAACUACCUAUGCUCAGGGAGACGAGGGGCCUGUAUGUAUUAUGACAACGAUGCUCUCCGAAACAGGUACCUGGGCCUACAGGUAAUCUACAAGGUCUUGGGCACACUGCUGCUCUUCUUCAUCAGCUGGAGGGUGAAGAAGAACAGGGAAUACAGUCUGCAGGAGAAUGCCUCGGGCCUCAUCUGACCUUCAGCUGGGACUACUGCCCUGCCCCAGAGACUGGAUAUCCUACCCCUCCACACCUACCUGUAUUAAUUAAUGUUAGCAUGCCUUCCUCCUCCUUCACUCUCUCUCUCCCUCUCUCUUGUGCACAUACACACACACACACACAUGCGCGCGUGCGCGCACAAGAGAGAGAGAGAGAGAAUUAGUUCACUCACCCCUUGUCUCACCGGCCUCUUCCUCCUAAAGUCUCCUGCAUGGUUCUUAGGGCCUGAAGUAUCCCUAGCUGAAUGAGCGCUGGACUGAAGGGUCUAGUUUCUCAGAGUCCUUGGAAGGGAUCCUCUCCUCAGCCCUGGGUCUUCCACUGUCCGUACUAAGGCAGCCUCUGUUCUCACCAGUCUCUCAGGAACACUUCAGUGGUGGGAGAAAAGGGAGCCUUGACUUCUGUGCCAGGCAGCCUCUGUCUCUGCCCACACCCAGCAGAGAGGCAGGGGGGCAGCAGGUGGUUGUUUCUUAGCAGCUACCACUGGGCUAAGGGAGCUGGCUGUGGCCCCUUUGCAUCUGGCUUCAGUCUAGCAUGGAACCCAGGAGGGACCUAUCUCCCUUUUCUUUCCCACUUUCUGCCCUCGAGGCUGAUUUGGAAACCAUCAUUUUGGGAAGUAUAGCCCUCUCUGUAUACUACUCCCUGAUGUCAGAGCAGGAACGAAGGAACCAGCAAGGCUAGGUCACCCAAGCACUGUUCCUAGGAACCCGAGGUCUACCCUCGGGUCAGCAUGUGCUUCCUUCUGCCUUUCAAACCAACAAAGCCCAUGUAAGGAGCCCAUGUAAGGAGGGCCCAGUCUCCCACCCUCACAGUGGAGACAAGGUCUUUCCCCCUUCAGAGAUGCAAAUGGCCAUCUUUACCAUGCCCUGGAAACAGAAGAGUGACCUUACAUGGGCUUUGCUGUCUGGACUUCAGCUCAUGUGCAGAGGAGGAAAGGCGGUGGGUAGGGGAUGGGUUCCUGAGAUGCGGUCAGACCAAGGAAUGGAGCAGAGUGGAUGCCACCUGUCACUGUGCCAGAUGGCAAGUUGCAGCCCACAAAGAGAGUAGCCGGGUUGACUCACUUGCAAACACAUUGUCUUCGUUGGCAUUUUCUCAGCUUCUCCUCAUUACCUCUCUGGGUGUGGAGGUGGGCUCCUUCUGUGGGCCUGGGCUGGGGGCCACCACUGCCGUGCAGUGGAGAGGCAAAAGCAGAGGCCCAGGAAUGAAGCCUUUUCUCAACGAUUCUGUUUAUCAGAGAACUGGCUUGGUGCUUGGCAGGGAUGCUGUAUGGUUCUCUGAGAGCUCCCCUGAAAAACCUUACCUCCAUCCGCACUAGGGAUUCCUCCCAGAGAGCGCUCGGUGGGCAGCAAGAACAUGCUCACACACUUGCCAAGCAUAUCCAGAACCAAAAAGGCUGGCAGAAAAGAUCCUGGUCUGACUGCCUAUGCACACCCUGAGGCUCCAGCAGGUUGACUGUGUGCCUGAGCUGGAGAGCUGGCUCACCGUGUCCCCGAAGCAGCUAGGCAAUUGACAUUGCCCUAUGUGACAUUUAAGUGCCUUUCAGAAAUGCCUUAUACGGUGAGAAGCCAAAUGGUUUAUGUCGGCGUGGCAAAGGUCCCGUGAGACUGAAGCCUUCACGGAGCCUUUGUUACUGGCAGUGUUCUUUCUGAAGCCACCGGGCUCAUUUCCACAGAUCUUAUUAAGGAGGAGGCUCCACACAACCUCACGGGCCAGUUUCAGCAUGUGGAACGGUUCUGCUUGGAACCUGAUUCUCUCUGCAACUAACCCUGGGCUUACUCGCUGCAAUGUAACCAGAUUCUGAAGGCAUAGCCUUCCACCAAUCUCGCAAACAAUGAACGCCAACCUUCCGUUCCUGGAAGAUCGGCUGUCCCCACAAGUCUUUAUUCUAUUAUAUUGCUAUUAAUAUAAUAUAAUUCUGUUCUGGGUGUAAA